AUGUCAAGCUCCGAAAAGACCAAAGAGACGCAGGGAUUAGAAGAAGAUGACGAGCCAGAUGAGUGGGACACGAGAAUAUUCAGCACAGGUUGCUCAGCUGAACAAGCGAAGAUGAAUGACUGCUACUUCGAUAAAAAGGACUGGAGGACCUGCAGGAAGGAGAUUUCGCCACCCGUCCCAAAAACGCCUGGCGUGCGCCAAGACAGGGUUCAAGCUCGACUAUCUCCAACCUCAAAAUCCUGCCUCCGUCUCCAAACAGCCAAUUCCAUGGCUACCCUUACCCUCCAGAGGGCUUCCUGGUGUCUACAAAUUUCAAGGACGUCGCGUACUUUUGCUGUUAGCUUCACGACAGCACUGCCGCGCAAAGGCAAACCUCGUCAUCUCCCGCAAGACUUCUCCAGCCCCUUACGCGAAACCUCAAAUCCUCUCCACUCUAGUAGAGAAGACGCUGCACGACGAUCUACAAGACAGGCUGAAACUAAACGAGCUUUUACCUCAACGAGGGUCUACCGGGCCCAACAAGAAGCAGCUUCGCCAGCCUCAAGACCGACCUCUCUCGAUGCCCAACAACCUCAGCCUCCAGAAUCAAUUUUGCCCGACACACGCGAUCUGACUUCCGGCCUCAAUGACCAAAACGUUUUUCUAGACGAAGGCGCUCGCCAAGUCGAUUGGACGCGCUCGUUCCACGGUCUCUCCAGUGAAGCUUUCUCGCCUGAAGCCGCAAAGGCGCUGCUUGCGCCUAUAGAGCCAGAUGAGAUCGAGGUCAAGCCGGAUGGCAUCAUAUACCUUCCAGAGAUCAAAUAUAGAAGGAUUUUGAAUCAGGCUUUUGGGCCAGGAGGAUGGGGCUUGGCGCCGAGAGGAGAGACCAUCGUGACAGCGAAGGCUGUGACAAGGGAGUACGCUCUCGUUGCACUAGGAAGGCUCGUAUCCGUCGCUCGCGGGGAGCAAGAUUACUUCUCGCCGGAAGGCAUUCCCACCGCAGUCGAAGGAUGCAAGUCUACAGCUCUUAGACGCUGCUGCAAGGAUCUCGGUGUGGCGAGCGAGCUAUGGGAUCCAAGAUUCAUUCGGAAGUUUAUGGCGCAGCAUGCGAAGGAAGUCUUUGUCGAGCACCAGGUCACAAAGAAGCGAAAGAAGAUGUACUUGAGGAAGGAUGAUUCGAUCAAAUAUCCUUUCAAAGAAAUGAAGUAUGGGUCUUGA